UCGAUGGAGAAUGGUUUUCGUAACGAGGGGCAGCCGAGUACAAGCCAAAAUAGUCAAACAAGCUCAAGAACGACAAGUAGAAGUCUAAUUAGUUUAUCUCAAAGCGAAAUAAAAAGACGAAAAACUACUUAUGAAUUUCAAACAAGAAUGAGAGGUUUUUUUCUUAUCAUCUUACAAAUAAUUUCAAGUUUAGAUGAACAAAGACGUGCUGAUCAGGGGUUACUUUCCGAAGACCGAAUUGAUGAAAUUUAUAUACAAGUCAAAGAACAAGGAGAGGACUUGGGAGAGGUCGAAAGCCUCAGAACAAUCAAAGCUGAUGCUCAAGUACUUCAACAACUUAUUCAAUUAUCAACAACUGAACUUGAUAAAUUGCGCGGCGAGACUGCAAAGACAAUGGAUCCGGAUAUUUUCAUCGCUCGUAUUGAAAAAUUCGCUUUGAACCGAUUUCCUCAACGUUAUCAAACUGAGCAUUCAUUUAUCAGCCUCGGAAGACGUUCAACCAGCUUACUACGUGAAAUACCAGAUUUUUAUUUUCUGCGUCCUUGUAUUGAAACAAAAAAUUCACCUCAACUUCCUGGAAAGCGUGAGAUUAAGAAAGUGCCUUAUACUCGACCUGUUAAACGAGAGAUAAAGUCUAAAACGUUACAUCAACUUCAAAAGGAGACAGCGGCCACAGAGUUUUCUGUUUCCAAAGAGUUGGAUAAUGUUAGUCGACAACUUCGUGCCUUUUACAAAUCACAACGUUCAAAUGAAUUGGAUUACUACAAAUUUGUUUUAAAUCCUAAAAGCUUUGGCGAGACUAUAGAAAACAUGUUUUAUAUGUCUUUUCUGGUUAAAGAUGGAAAAAUUGGCUUGAAAAUGGAUAAAACAACUGGGUGCCCAAAAAUUGUGAAAGCUUCUCAUGCUGAACGCGCAGCUACUAUGCAACGUAGCCAAUUGGAGACUGUUCAAGUUAUAAGUAAUUUUGAUUAUUCUACAUGGAGAUCUCUUGUCAAGAAAUUACAAAUUAAAGAAGCCUACAUUAAAAGAAUGACUAGCAAUAAUGACUAGAACCUCAAUAUUAUUCCAACACCUCAUUUCGAAUACGCGAAUAUUCAAUAUUUUUGAUGUUUCUCCCAUAACUGACUUUCUUUU